CGACGAAAGGGCUUUUCGUUUCACGUAAAACAACCAUUCAUUUAUUUUUUGUUGAGUUCAUAUUUACACGAGAUUCCGAUUCAAAGUGUGUUGCUAGUGGUUUAAAACAAGAAAGGACUGUUAUAGAAGCUAUGUAGAAAAUAAAGAUAGGAUCGUUUCUGGCCCUGUUUGGAUUUGUCUUUACCUUCCAUCACCACAGGAAGGCGCAGUUGUGUCUAAUUUCGUGGGGAAACAUCAACACCUCUGGCCUCCAUUGAUUUCACAGUCUCCGUCUGUCUCUGGACCCCGCAGUGUUCUCCUAAGGUCGGUUAGUGUAGAGUUGGUUUAGCCUGCGUUCGCUUUUCAUUCUAACAUGUCCGCCAGAGACCAAAUCUGACUGCUUUUUCUCCACAUUUCCCUCCUUCUUGGGGGUUCGAAGGAAUUAUCCACCACCCCCUCACCCACCACCACCACCAUUGGAUUUGUUUGGAAUAAACAGCUAUUUCUUAAGGAAUACACCAUUCAUGUCAAUGCUUCAACAUGCAGCCCCCGCCGAGAAAGGUAAAAGUGACUCAGGAGCUGAAGAAUUCUCACUUAGAGCAGAUGACCAGACUGCACCUCAAACAUCAAACAGAAUGUGACCUGCUGGAGGACAUGAGGACAUACAGUUUGAAGAAGGGCCAGUUGGAGAGGGACUAUGCCCAGGCUCUGCAGAAGCUGGCCAGUCAGUACCUGAAGAGGGAUUGGCCAGGCAUCAAACCUGACGACCAACGCACAGACUACAGGAAUGUGUAUGCUGUGUGGCGGUCCUAUCUGGAGGGGACAGUACAGGUGACUCAGUCUCGCAUCAACGUGUGUGACAACUACAAGAAUGAGAUCUCAGACCCUGCUAAAACUGUACGGCUAUACAAGGAACAGCAGCUCAAAAAGAGUAUAGAACAGUUGAAUCGUAUCCAGGUGGAGCUUCAGGACUCUGUGAAAGACCUGGCCAAAGCCAAGAAGAAAUACUACGACUCAGAACAGGUGGCUCAGGCCGUUCGAGAGAAGGCUGACAUCGAGGCCAAGUCGAAGCUGGGUCUGUUUCAGUCCAGGAUUAGUUUACAGAAAGCCAAUGUUAAGUUGAAAGCCAAGAGGAGUGACUGUAACUCUAAAGCAACCCAUGCCAGGAAUGACUACCUGUUAACCCUGGCAGCAGCCAACGCUCAUCAUGACCGCUACUACCACACAGACCUGCUGCACUGUAUACAGGAGUUGGAUGGAGGGAUAUAUAACCAUGUGAAGGACUAUCUGAUCUCUAUCUGUCAGACAGAGCUGGAGGCCUUUCAGGCCAUACACAACACCUUCCAGUUCCUACUGGACAAAUCCAACAGGGUGGUGCAGGAGUUUAACCAGCAGCUCUUCAUGCAGGAGAACCCUGUGUUUCAUAAAGCACAAGACUUCCAGUUCCAACCCAGCGACUGUGACACGACUCUGAGCUCGGUGCAGAAGUUGGUGGACAUUGAGCCUUCGCCCGUCAGUGCCAUGAGGAUGACGCUGGCACAGAGUCGUAAGUUGGAGACAGACACGGGGAGCCAGACAGAGGAGCACAGUCUGAACAAGGAGGCCAGGAAAUGGGCCACCAGAAUGGCCCGAGAACACAAGAACAUCGUCCACUACAAGAGAAGCCUGGAGGAGUGUGAGACACUGGGAGUCCCUCAAACGGAGCAGGGCCGGCUUGAUCUGGAGCUGAAGAUAGAGGAUACCAAAGAGAGCAUCCGCAAGGCUGAGACAGUAAAGCUGAAGGCAGAGGCUCGUCUGGACCUGCUGAGACAGGUGGGCGUUGCCGUGGAUACCUGGCUGAAGAGCGCCAUGAACCAGGUGAUGGAGGAGCUGGAAAAUGAGCGCUGGGCUACAGUAAACUACACUACCCACGAUCCCUCACUCUCGGGCCCGGUUGAUCUGGAGCGCUCGGAGGGAGAGGAGUGUGAGGAGAACAUGGAGGUGUUUGAUGACAGCAGCUCCAGCCCCUCUGGGACUCUCAGGAACUACCCACUCACCUGCAAAGUCCUCUACUCAUACAAGGCGUCUCAGCCAGAUGAGUUGAGUAUAGAGGAGCAUGAGAUGUUGGAGGUGAUAGAGGAUGGAGACAUGGAGGACUGGGUCAAGGCGAGGAACAAGAGGGGGCUGAUUGGCUACGUCCCAGAGAAGUAUCUUCAGUUCCCCACCUCUAACAGCCUACUGAGCAUGCUCCAGUCUCUCUCUGCCCUGGACGCACGUUCACACACCUCCUCCAACUCCACCGAGCCAGAGAUGCACACAGGCAGCAUCAACGGAGACGCCAGCUUGAGUUUUGUGAGGGCGUUGUAUGACUACGCAGGCCAGGCGGAUGAGGAGCUGUCCUUCCCAGAGGGGGCUGUCAUCCGUCUACUCAACAGAGAUACCCAAACUGACGAUGGCUUCUGGGAGGGAGAGUUUAACGGACGAGUGGGAGUGUUCCCUUCUGUACUGGUGGAGGACCUGACGGAGAGCGGAGAGAAUGGAGCACACACACUUAUCUCUCCAUCUUCGAGGCUGCCCUCCCUGCCACCCCUCCCUCUGUAUGAUCAGCCCCCGUGCAGCCCCUAUGCCACCCCAGACACCCCCACCCCUCCACCCCUCCCUCGCUCACCCUCUGUCAACGGGGAACACAAGCCGCCUCCCACAGCGUACAAGGGACCCACUCACAAUCAUAGUUCUGCUCUGAGUCCAGUGUCUCCAGAGUUCACUCCCGACGGAGGCCCUAGCAAACUACGACCUGUCCGUGCAGCCCCCCCGCCUCCCAAGCAGAAAACUCGCAAAAAAGCAGAGAAGACUGAGGAGGUGGAGAUCACACUGGUGUGACAGACAGACAUACAGACGCACAGCGCUGCCCUGCAGACCUGAGUGACUGAACUUUGAACUGGGCUUUACCUCUAACCUUUGAACCAUAUAACUCCCCCUUCUCUCCCAACACUGGGAAUAACUCCCCCUUCUCUCCCCCUACCUCCCAACACUGGGACGAACUCCCCCUUCUCUCCCCCCAACCUCCCAGCACUUGGAAGAACUCCCCCUUCUCUCCCCCAACCUCCCAACACUGGGAAGAACUCCCCUUCUC